GUUACAAACAAUACCAAAAUCUGAAUCCUAACGAAGCGAUGGCUUCUCUCUAUUCUUGUUUUGUUGUCGGUUCUCUGGCAGUUUUGUUACAGUUUCUCUUUGUCUCUGCUUCAACAAAAUCCAUCAACGCCAUAUGCCAAAGUAGAGUCAGAAUUUGUUCUUGAGUAGAGUCAGUAAUAUGGUGUGGAACCGACCGCUUAGGGCAUCAUAUUUUAAACAAAAAAUUUAAAUGUAUAUAGGGCAUAAAUUUUGUUUUACAUGAAUAACAAAGGCAUAAAAUUUUAAACAAGCUUAGGGCAUCAAGAAAAAAUUGAGAAUGUUGGACCGGCACUGGGCGGCGCUCAGCCUUAGCGUAUCCUAUGCCGGGAAAUCAGCAAGUUUCGCCGCAAAUGCGGCAAACCAGAAUCCAAACAUGAAGAAGCAGUUCGCUGCGUGUAAGGAUGCAUAUGCGACAAUUAUAGCAUCUAUCAAGAGUGCUGCCGCAGAACUCAAGGAAUCUCCAGAUACGGCUAACUAUGAUGUCAUGGUUUGUAGGGACAGCACGACGAUCGUGAAGAAUUUGAUCAAGAAAAAUUUAGACAAGGAUUCGAAGAUGCUUAUAAAGAUGACAUUGAUGAUGGAGAGGCUUCUUACUAUUGCUGUUGGAGCCACCGUUGCUGUUGGUGGGUAAAGACAACGACGAGGAGAUUAUUUAAUACUAAGAAAUACAGUACAUUGUUUGGUUUGGUUUGAGAGGAUCAAUACAUUUCUCUUUUCUCGUUGGAACAUGAACAUUAUGCAUGUUUUAAGGAAACUAUUUCAAUGGGAAUAUGUCAAACAACUUUUGUUUUGUGCCAGAAAAUAUGUACACUUUUAACCUGG